GUUUUGUUUUACCCCACCCCGUCAAUUUAAUUUUAUUCUUUUGAAGAUUCUUCGUUGUCAAGCCGCCAAAGUGGAGAGUGCGAUUGCAGAAGGGGGUGCUUCUCGUUUCAGUGCUUCUUCAGGCGGAGGAGGUGGUAGGGGUGCACCUCAGCACUAUCCCAAGACUGCCAGCAACAGCGAGUUCCUGGGGAAAACCCCAGGGCAAAACGCUCAGAAAUGGAUUCCUUCACGAAGCACUAGACGAGAUGACGACUCCGCAAAUGACAAAGAACGACAUGAUGCAAUCUUCAGGAAAGUAAGAGGCAUACUAAAUAAGCUUACUCCUGAAAAGUUUGACAAGCUAUGCCUUGAGCUCCUCAAUGUGGGUGUAGAAUCUAAGCUCAUCCUAAAAGGGGUCAUACUGCUGAUCGUAGACAAAGCCCUUGAAGAGCCCAAGUAUAGCUCACUGUAUGCUCAACUAUGUCUGCGGCUGGCAGAAGAUGCACCCAACUUUGAUGGCCCAUCAGCAGAGAGUCAUCCAGGACAGAAGCAAAGCACAACAUUCAGACGCCUCCUAAUAUCUAAACUUCAAGAUGAAUUUGAAAACCGAACCAGAAAUGUUGAUAUCUAUGAUAAGCAUGAUGGUCCCCUCCUCCCUGAGGAGGAGGAACAGAGAGCUAUUGCCAAGAUCAAGAUGCUGGGGAACAUCAAAUUCAUUGGAGAACUUGGCAAGCUUGAUCUUAUUCAUGAAUCUAUCCUUCAUAAGUGCAUCAAAACACUUUUGGAAAAGAAGAAGAGAGUCCAACUCAAAGAUAUGGGGGAGGAUUUGGAGUGCCUCUGUCAGAUAAUGAGGACAGUGGGACCUAGAUUAGACCAUGCAAAAGCCAAGUCCUUAAUGGAUCAGUACUUUGCCCGUAUGCGCUCCUUGAUGUCAAGUAAGGAAUUGCCAGCAAGGAUUCGUUUCCUGCUGCAGGAUACUGUGGAGUUGAGAGAACACAACUGGGUUCCUCGCAAAGCUUUUCUUGACAACGGACCAAAGACUAUCAAUCAAAUCCGUCAAGAUGCAGUAAAAGAUCUGGGAGUUUUUAUUCCUGCUCCUAUGUCUCAAGGGAUGAGAAGCGACUUCUUUCUGGAGGGACCCUUUAUGCCACCUAGGAUGAAACUUGACAGGGACCCCCUCGGAGGGCUUGCUGAUAUGUUCGGACAAAUGCCAGGUAGCGGAAUUGGUACUGGUCCAGGGGUUAUUCAGGAUAGAUUUUCACCCACCAUGGGACGCCAUCGUUCAAACCAGCUUUUCAAUGGCCAUGGGGGUCACCUCAUGCCUUCUGCUCAAUCCCAGUUUGGAGACCUAGGCAAAUCUUUUCUGAAAAGUCAGGGGCAAAGCCAGCUCUACCAUAACCAGAAUCAGGGACUCUUAUCCCAGCAACAAGGACAGUCGAAGGAUAUGCCACCUCGGUUUUCUAAGAAAGGACAGCUUAAUGCAGAUGAGAUUAGCCUCAGACCUGCUCAGUCUUUUCUAAUGAAUAAAAACCAAGUGCCAAAGCUUCAGCCCCAGAUAACUAUGAUUCCUCCCAGUGCACAACCACCACGCACUCAGACACCACCUUUGGGACAGCCUCCUCAACUUGGUCUUAAAACAAAUCCACCGCUUAUACAAGAAAAGCCUGCAAAGACCACCAAGAAACCACCUCCUUCUAAAGAAGAGCUACUUAAACAAACUGAAGCUGUUGUGACUGAGUAUCUGAACAACGGAAAUGCUAAUGAUGCUGUCAAUACUGUGAGAGAAAUGAGAGCUCCAAAACACUUCAUUCCUGAGAUGUUGAGCAAAGUAAUCCUUCAAUCCCUAGAUAGAUCAGAUGAAGACAAAGAGAAAGCAAGUACUCUGAUCAGCUUGCUCAAGCAGGAGGGAAUAGCCACAAGUGACAACUUCAUGCAGGUACAGCAGCCUAAUAGGCUCCCGUGCCCCAAACUGGAGGUGGACAUCCCAUUGGUGAAAUCCUACUUAGCACAGUUUGCAGCCCGUGCCAUUAUUUCAGAACUGGUGAGCAUUUCCGAACUGGCUCAACCACUGGAAAGUGGCACCCAUUUCCCUCUCUUCCUGCUUUGCCUUCAGCAGUUAGCUAAGUUGCAAGAUCGUGAAUGGCUAACAGAAUUGUUCCAACAAAGCAAAGUGAAUAUGCAGAAAAUGUUACCAGAAAUUGACCAGAACAAGGACCGCAUGCUGGAGAUCUUAGAAGGGAAGGGGCUUAGCUUCUUGUUCCCGCUUCUGAAACUGGAGAAGGAACUGCUAAAGCAAAUAAAAUCGGAUCCAUCCCCUCAAGCCAUCUAUAAGUGGAUUAAAGAUAACAUUUCACCCAAACUUCAUGUAGAUAAGGGAUUUGUGAAUAUAUUGAUGACCAGUUUCUUGCAGUAUAUUUCUAGUGAAGUAAACCCACCUAGUGACGAAUCGGAUUCUUCAUCUGCUCCAUCCAAAGAGCAGCUAGAGCAGGAAAAACAACUGCUUCUUUCCUUCAAGCCAGUA